CCUAAAGGGGAGUUGGAGCAGGUGGGGGAGACGGGGGAGUCGGGGGAGUAUAAUGUGUACAGUACCUUCCAGAGCCACGAGCCUGACUUUGACUACCUGAAGAGUCUGGAGAUCGAGGAGAAGAUCAACAAGAUACGAUGGCUGUCACAGCAGAACGCCGCCCACUUCCUGCUCUCCACCAACGAUAAGACCAUCAAGCUGUGGAAGGUGAGUGAGCGAGACAAGCAACCGGAAGGCUACAACCUGAAAGAUGAGGAGGGCAGGAUGAAGGACAUCUCUACAGUCACAUCACUACAGGUUCCUGUGUUGAGACCUACAGACCUGAUGGUGGAGGUGCGUCCUAGGAGGGUGUUCUCCAAUGGUCAUACCUACCAUGUUAACUCCAUAUCGGUCAACAGUGACGGAGAGACGUACCUGUCAGCUGAUGACCUGAGGAUCAACAUGUGGCAUCUGGGGAUCACAGACCGCAGCUUCAACAUAGUGGACAUCAAGCCAGCCAACAUGGAGGAGCUAACUGAGGUGAUAACAGCAGCAGAGUUCCAUCCUCACCACUGUCACCUGUUUGUCUACAGUAGCAGUAAGGGAACUCUACGUCUCUGUGACAUGAGGGCCUCGGCACUUUGCGACAAACACACCAAACUCUUUGAGGAACCAGAGGACCCAGGAAGUCGUUCAUUCUUCUCUGAGAUCGUGUCGUCGGUGUCGGAUGUGAAGUUCAGUCACAACGGGCGGUACCUGCUGACCAGGGAUUACCUGACGGCCAAGGUGUGGGACUUACACAUGGAGAAAGGCCCUGUCGAAACCUACCAGGUUCAUGACUACCUGAGGACUAAGCUGUGCUCUCUGUACGAGAACGACUGCAUAUUUGACAAGUUCGAGUGUGUCUGGAACAGCUCCGACAGCGUGAUAAUGACGGGGGCGUACAACAGCUUCUUCCGGAUGUUUGACAGGGAGACGGGGCGGGGCGUGACCCUGGAGGCGUGGCGAGAGACCAGUAAGCCGCGAGCUGUACUGCGGACGCGACGGAUCUACACCGGGGGCAAGCGUCGUCGCGGCGACGUGGGGGUGGACAGUCUGGACUUCACUAAGAAGAUCCUCCACAUGGCCUGGCACCCCGAGGAGAACAUCAUCGCCAUAGCCUCCACCAACAACCUCUACAUCUUCCAGGACCGGGUCAGCCCCGACACACAUGGUCCAGACCUGGGUUCAAAUACCAUUUAGCACCGGGUCAGCCCCGACACACAGGGUCCAGACCUGGGUUCAAAUACCAUUUAGCACCGGGUCAGCCCCGACACACAGGGUCCAGACCUGGGUUCAAAUACCAUUUAGGUCCAUUUAGGACAGGGUCCAGACACAGACACAGGAACAGUAUUGAGAAGUAGUCG